AUGGCUAAUACGAUUCUAUCUCUUCUUGUCCUUGCAUUGUCGGCUCUUCCUUUACUUGUUCAAGCUGCCCCGACUCCAGAGCCACGGGCUCAAUUUACGCAUUUCCCGGUUGUCGACGCAUGGUUGAAUGACAAGCAUCCCGGAAAAUACCAACCUUGCACGGACGACCGAAUCAAGGUCCGACAGGACUUCGAAUCCAUGGCACCCCAAGAACGAAAGGCCUACACCGACGCGAUCAAGUGUCUGAUGACCAAACCGUCUCAACUCGAUCAAACCCUCUAUCCUGCGGCGACCAAUCGAUAUAUGGACUACGCCGUCACCCACGUCAAUCUCACAAGAACAGUCCAUCUUUCAGGCUUCUUCUUAACUUGGCAUCGAUACUUUCUCCACCUGUUCGAGGAGGAUCUGGCCAAACAAUGUGGCUACACCGGAUCUUUCCCAUACUGGAACUGGCCUGCAACAGCAGACAACCUCCACGGCACUGCGAUCUUCGAUGGUUCUGAAUUCUCCAUGUCCGGUGAUGGCCUCUAUGUCGACAGUGGUCCUGUCGUCCUGUCCCCCACCCUCGAACUUCCUCAUGGCUCCGGUGGUGGUUGUGUUACUACUGGUCCAUUUGCUGGUAUGCAGACAACAAUGCAACCGAUUCCUGUCAGCUAUAUCACCGAAGGAUUACCCCUUCCUGAAACAGCAUUCCAACUCAAUCAAACCUGCUUGACAAGAGAUCUCAAUACCUAUGCUGCUCAACGAUAUUGUAAUUACACUGCACUUUAUCAAUGCCUGGACACCGAUGACAUUGCAUCCUUCGACACCCAAAUCAACGGAGUGGUGGGCGGUGGAGAAUUGGGCCUACAUUCUGGUGCCCAUUUCAUUGUUGGAUCUCCUGGGUCCUCGAUUUAUGUCUCGGUGAUGGAUCCGAUUUGGUGGCCACUUCACACCAUGCUGGACAAUCUCUACACCUCAUGGCAAAAUCGGCAUCCUGAUCUUGCAAAUGCAUUGUAUGGGACCGAAACGGCGGUUAACCUGCCACCCAGCCCCAACGUCACCCUCGACACUCUUCAACCUGGUUGGGGUUACUUCCAACAAGAUCCUAUUGCUGUUGGAGAACUGAUCAGCACUACCUCGGGGCCUUUCUGUUACAAAUAUGAUGUUUCUUUGUAA